GAUUUAAUGAAGACACUCCGCAAGGAAACAGAUUUGAAAGAAAUACAGACUAUAAUACGAGGAACUCAUACACGACUCAAAUAUUCACAGAGAGAACUAGAGAUGAUUAAAAAGAAGGACCUUGCUGCCUUUUACCAGGAACAACCUCAGCUACAAAGUGAUCUAUUAAAUAUUGAGUCUCAGUGUUCUAUGCUGAGCGAAGGAAUCAAAGAACGACAACAAAGAAUUAAAGAAUUUCAAGAAAAGAUUGAUAAGGUAGAAGAUGAUAUUUGUCAACGCUUCUGUGAAGAAAUUGGUGUGGAAAAUAUUCGUAAAUUUGAGAACAAACAUGUUAAACAGCAACAAGAAAUUGAUCAAAAAAGAUUAGAAUUUGAAAAACAAAAAUCUCGGCUUAAUAUUCAACUGGAAUAUAGUCGCAAUCAGCUUAAGGAGAAACUGAAAAACACCAACACAUUAAAAGAAACUAUCCAGAAAGCUAGAGAAGACAUCGAUAACCUAAAGAAGACUGAAGAAAACUGUCUGCAAAUCGUGGCUGAACUCAUGGCAAAGCGGCAGCAACUUACAGACAUACUUGUCACUCAGAAUUCCAACAUUGACAAAGUUGAAACUCAACUUGAAGAGGAACAGAAGAAGUUUUUGGCUGUUGAAAGGGAAGUGGGAAAGUUGCAAAAAGAAGUUGUAAGCAUGCAGACUUCUCUGGAAAAGAAACAAUUAGAGAAACAUAACCUGCUGCUUAAUUGCAGAGUUCAAGACAUUGAAAUAAUUCUUUUGUUGGGGUCGUUGGAUGACAUCAUUGAAGUGGAGAUAUCAAACUCUAGACAGGAGAUAAGGAAAGGAGAAGACCCUUUCCUGGCCAAAAAUGACAUAAACCCAACUCAAACA